UUCCCAGAACAGACCGCGGUAAUCUGACGUCAUUUACAUGCGCUAAACUGAGUUGGCCAAAAGCAGUCGGUUUCUCAGGUCGAUUGCGUGUCCUGGUGUCAUCAUGACCAAACUUAUGGAGUGGCUGUUCGGAAUCUCGGUGGUGCUGGCCGCUUGGGUGCUGGUCGCGUUCGACCCGUUAGACUUGAGCGUCCCUCACACGUACCGGGAGGUGGCCUGGCCCAUGCCGCUCUACCUGCUGGUGUCGUUCGGCUGCUACUCCCUGGCCACGGUGGGCUACCGGGUGGCCACGUUUAACGACUGCCAGGAGGCGGCCCGGGAGCUCCAGGGGCAAAUCAAGGCAGCCAAGGAGGACUUGAGGAGUAAAGGCUUGAAGAUGUGUAAUUGACGGACAACCAUCGUUAUUUCGCGGUGGAGUGACUGGGAAGUGUACAUCUUCAGACUUGCAGUCAACUAUGGACUACACUCACACACACACACGAGUAAAUAAACGUGUGUGUGUAAUAAAAAUAAAUGAAGAAGCUAAAUGGAAAAAGUCAGAAUUCCAUCAUUCAAUGGGCUUUUUGCUUUGAUGAGUGCAAGAAAUCAACUCUACAGCUGUUUGUCUGAUGGCAAACCAUUUUGCCAAUGCUACAGGCAAUGGCAAAUGCCACGGACAGCUAUUGAAUAUCAUCUGUGUCGCUGUGGUAAAACUAAGCAACAGAUGAUCCUUUGUACGCACACUGUGGAUAAACACAUGUAGACAGAUAUAACGAUACUCACAGGCGUAUAUCCUUUGCAAAGACUUACUGAGGCGUUUCGACCGUCUCCACAUACAGUAUGUCUGUACUGUUCUGCCUCCAGGUGGCCAAGGCAGAAGGAGCAGCAACGAUGUCCCGUGAAUUGAAGCAAAAAUUGUUUCAUUCUUUUUAUUCCAAGUAACUAGGCCAUUGUUGUAUGGAUACAAUAUUACAAAGUGUUAUUUUUCUGAUUAAAAACACAUGACAUAAAA